AACCUCCUCACCAGGAACCAAAAACAAAACUGGAAAUCCAAUAAAAACGUACCAAAUCAAACCAAACGGCCAAACCAAACCAUUUUCAGAUCAGAUCUCUAUCUCUUUCUCUCUCUAAGUUUCAGCUUUAGAUCUCCUCUUUCUCUCUCUUCUCCGUCUUUCUCAAAGUUUGUGACUGUGCCCACUUUUCGUCAAACAACUAACUCCAGGCAGUGUUGGAGUCUUCAGAUUGAGCUCAGAAUAGCGCGGGUGUCGGGCUUUAAUGACUUUUUGAUCCGGUUGAGAUUGGAAGAUUCAUGCUUUUUUAAUCCUGCAAGUGUGGAAGUGAAAUAGUUCUGUUGUUAGAUCUUAUGGAAAAUGAAUGUGGUUAUUGGCUUGGGGUGUUUGUAGUUGGAUUUAGCAUAGAACAAGGAAGGAAAUGGUAGAGGAUGAUUUGGAGGUGAAAAGGGUUGAAAAAACAGGAGCCAAGUUCACUCAGAGUGGAAGCCCAGGGUCGUGUCAUCGAAGGGAGCCUUCAUUUUCGUGCUGGUGCGAUGAAGAUGUGAAAUGUCCGUUGGAUCAUCACUUGGGAAUUGCAGAUGCAAGCGUAGUGGAAGAUUCUGAUUUUGAAUUGCCUUUGCUUCAAGAGGGUGAGAUAGAACGUAGAAAUUUAGAUACGCGGAGAUAUCACAUUACUAAAUUCUGGGACAUAAGUAUGCAUUCGAAUGGUGGAGAUAGCAUGGAUGACAGUGUCCAUGUUGGGAGAAAUGAAAAAGAGAAGUACGAGCCUUUCGAUAUUGAAAAUGUGUCUGCAAAAGAGAUAAAUGUUGUAGAUAUCCCCAUUUCUUCUCAUAAUCACAAACCAUCGCCAAGGAAUUUGAACCCUAUUUCUGUUGCCGACGUGUUGAAGACACUAUCUUUCAUUCUUGUAUGGUACACUUUCAGCCUCUUCUUAACAUUGUACAACAAGAGUUUGUUAGGAAAUGAUUUGGGGAAGUUUCCAGCUCCCCUGUUGAUGAAUACCGUCCAUUUUGCAAUGCAAGCUAUGUUAUCGAAAUCAAUCACAUGGUAUUGGUCUAACCGUUUCCAACCUAAUGUUGCUAUGUCAUGGACAGAUUACUUUACGAGGGUUGUACCAACUGCCCUUGGGACAGCAAUGGAUAUUAAUUUGAGCAACGCAUCUCUAGUUUCUAUAUCUGUCACGUUUGCCACAAUGUGUAAAUCAGCCGCUCCUAUAUUUCUUCUUCUAUUUGCUUUUGCUUUCAGGUUGGAGUCUCCAAGCAUUAAACUAUCGGGCAUAAUCUUAAUAAUCUGCGCUGGAAUAUUAUUAACAGUUGCAAAAGAGACAGAGUUUGAGUUUAGGGGAUUCAUUCUUGUUAUGCUCGCUGCGGUUAUGUCUGGCUUUCGCUGGUGCAUGACUCAAAUUCUUCUACAGAAAGAGACUUAUGGUUUAAAGAAUCCUCUGACCUUGAUGAGCUAUGUAACGCCAGUGAUGGCAGUGGUGACUGCUAUUCUCUCUUUUAUGCUUGACCCGUGGCAUGAAUUUAGAAGGAAUAAUUACUUCAAUAAUCCCUGGCAUGUCACUCGUAGCUCCUUGCUGAUGCUUCUUGGUGGAACACUUGCUUUUUUUAUGGUGUUAACAGAGUACAUUCUUAUCUCAGUAACGAGUGCUGUUACAGUGACAAUAGCAGGCGUUGUCAAGGAGGCUUUCACCAUAUUGGUUGCAGUCAUUUACUUUGGUGAUGAGUUUACCUGGUUGAAAGGAGCUGGACUCCUCACAAUUAUGGUUGGUGUUAGUUUAUUUAACUGGUACAAAUACCAAAAGCUUCAGAAGGGUCACACAAGUGAAGAUAUGGAUUCUCUCACAUCUAAUGCCGCUGCAAAAUAUGUCAUUCUCGAGGAGAUGGACGAGCAAGAUGAUGCCAGCCGAAAGCCUUAGUAGGACAUUCUCAGGAAAAUUCACGAUUGACUCGAAUCGUUGAUAUUCAAGUUUGCGUCCCUCCAAUGAGAUUUCGACAAAAAGCAAUUUUUGUAAGUUUUGAAUUUUCCCCACAUUUAUGACGUCCAUCUUCAGAUUUGCUCCUGUAUUUCUUCUUUUUCUUUUGGCUGGGGAUGAAAACCACGACUUCUUUUCCGAACAAGUGGAACGAAAACUAAUCGUUUAUCUCUGCAAUGGACCAUCGCGAAAGCUCAUUUGAUAUAAGUGUAGCCUUUGUACUUGCAUAAUCAUUUAUAGUUAGGAGUGAGUGUUUAUAGAUUGAAACUUCAAGCUGUAAUAACCCGAGUGUUAUUUUUCACUUGAGAAUUUUGUAUACCACUAUUUGAUAUGAUACCAUUUUUAAGAUGUAUAUAAUAAAUGAAUUGAGGAUU